CCCAUCUUUGAGUCAGAAGUUGCAGCAAAAGGCUCCUCGUUCCUCUCAACCCAAAUGAAACUUCCUCCUCCUCUUUCUUCACCUCUCUUCUCAUCCCACUCAUACUUCACCUGGAUUUGUUCAUGCAAGAUCCAAAGAAGUCACAAGCAAGGAAUAAUAAGCCUUGGUAUCAAAGAGCAAGAGAGAUGGGCGUGGGCAGUCUAUGGAGAAGCAUCAACAAUAACAAUUCAAAGUCCACACAAGUUCCAGCAGCAAAUUCCACGCUAUGGAAAACCCUAGUCAAUGCCAAAAGCAGUCCCGGCACAAACCCUAAUAAUUUUCCUGCACCAAAUUCCAACUCCAAUUCCAAUUCCAAUUCCAAUAAUGUUAGGCACAAACUGAGAAAAUGUACCUCUCUAAAGGUUGCCACGUCAUUUACAAGGGUGUGUCUUUGUGCACCAAUAUCUUCCUACAAUGAGGUUUUUAGGGCUGAGCUUCCCCCAAGAAGAAGCAACAGCUACCCAAGAAUGGGGUCCUAUUCCAAGCCAUUGGGCACAACAACUACUUCUAGUGCCAGCAUUGCGCAAGCACGGCUUAGCACUGAUCAUCCAGGAAUUAGAAGAGUGUUUCGGGGAAAGUCGCUGACCGACGACGUUUUGAUGAGAAGGUUUGUGGUGGAAGAAGAAGCAAUGAUGCAGGUUAGAAGGAGAAAUCAAAUGGAAGUCAUAAGGAGAAGAAGUGUGAUGAGGAGGAAGAGGCUUGGGCCUAGUCCUCUUUGUAGAAUGGUUUUGGCUGAGGAGGAUUAAUUACUUUUCAGCUUUUCCCUAAAAUAAUUUUCAGCUUUCCUCUCUCUGGUAUAUCUUUCCCAGAAAAUUAAAUAUUUUUUGAUGGUGUAGCAUUAUUGGUUGGUGUACAAGUUUUAUGGGAAAUAUUAUGGUCUCUAAAUUCUAAAUGCUAACGAAUGAUUCAAUUUU